AUGCCAUUCACUGGUUGGCACGUCGCCCUCCUCGUGUUCGCGCUGUACAUAAAUGUGAAAGGUAUGUCCCUGCAACGAAAUGAAAAAAGAAUGAUAACGAAAAAGGGAAUUCAUCAUCUAGGAUAUUCGAUAUAUUUGUUUUCAGAAAACUCGGCUUACAAUGACGAGUUGCCCCCGGCCCCGGAGAACUAUCCGGAAACAGAGGCUCAUGUUGCGGUUUUAGUCCAAAUGCUAAAACAUAGACUUGCCUUUUUCAACAGUAGGUUUUUUUUAAUUAUGAAAAAUCGCUAGGUAAGAAAUUAUACAUAAAUCUCUUGUUUUUGCGAGCAAGAUAGUUCUGUAUGAAACGAGAAUUUUUAUAAGAUGUGAAUAUAUGUCAAAAUGGAACUUUCAGUUGCAUUCGAUUAGAAAUUGCUUGCUUUUUUUUUACCAGUUUUCAACGCGUUUUAUUCAGUUUUAUCUAUCGAUCCUAAGGAGCUUGUUGGCACCAAUUUAGAAAUCAAAAUUUUUUUCUCUUCUGAGAGCUGCUCGGUAUUUUUUCCUAUGGAUAACUUCCAGAACAGUCUUUUUUGUAAUCAGCAAUUAAAAGUAUUCAUCAUUCAAGGUUGCUGCUAUAUAUUUUUCAGCUUUUUAAAAUGUAUUUUGAAAUUAUAUUAUUCAAUUAGAGAAAAGUAAGCUUAAGAGCUUUAGCUCAAAAAUCGCAAAUUUUUAAAUUGGAAAAAAAAAUUUUGGAGUAUGUGACUAUGCGUCUCGGUGUUUACACCCUGAACACCAUAAACGCCGUACCUUCAAAAGUACUCGUUUCUUUUUUUGAGAGAAGCUAGAAUAUUCAGAAUUAUGAAGUUUGCGAAUGUUUCAUGCCAACAUAAUUUAAAAUAAUCAAGUUAUAUUGAAACUGUAUACGGAAAAAAAAAUCUUUCAGUCACUCACAAUCUCCGAAACUGGUCAAAGUUGACAUUUUGCAAGUGUUCGGUGGAUAAUGGGUGCUCCGGGAGCUCUCAUGGAUUCAUGCCAAUCGCGUUUCCUGGAAUAUUCAACGGCACAGAUUUAGAGCUUUGGCGGGUUUGGCUUUUAGGGAGUGAAAUAGUUUCAUCCUUCCUUUUUAGGGUAUGUGCUUAACUGACGGUUUUUGCUACCAGUCGAUCGCCAACGUGCGUCAUUCUAUUCGUGGCUACGGGUGAGAUUUUCAGGGACCUUUUAAAUUUUUUUUUGUACUGUUGGCUGUUUGGAAUCAAAUAUUCAUAAUCUCCAUAUCUUUCUAUUUAUAGCUGCGUAGACAAAUACGAAAUCGAUAUGGAUCAUCCUUUGGAACGAGGCGAUCCGUUCUGUAAGAACACAACAGAUUCCGUUAAACUUUGCUGUGCAGGACGACAUUUUUGCGCCAAUGAAACCAUCUUGCCACAGGUUUCAGAGACAAAGUCGUAAAAAUUUAUAAAUCUUUGUUUUUUUUUUUCAGAACCUGGGGCCCAGCGGAUGGUUAUACGUUAGCGGACUAUUGUUUUUUUGCUCCUGGUAAAUUUUGAAGAUAAAAAGGAAAUUAAAUAAGGUAUUAAUGGUUAAUUGACAUUUGUUUUUCUUCGUUAGUUAUCCUGCGAAAUCAAAAACAGCCGUCAGAGAGGGAAAAAAAAAGUUAUUUUUGAAACUCAGAUAGCGGUUUCGGCAGCCGCCGUGAUUCACCGUGAGCCGCUCCUUCGGUUGUUCUUCGUGAAGGUUUUCGGUAUGCCUCUGGCCACUGAAGACGAUCAUUCCGAUUCCACCGAACUCAACAAAAUCGCUGGAACCGCCACGACGGGAACCAAAUCUGCCAGGUUCCCAAAUUUUGUUGUAAAAAAAAGUCGAGAGUUGAAUCAAUGAGCGGAAUAAGAGCAUUAGCCGUUUAUUAUUGCUUUUUUUUCUCAAAUUCACUAGAUAGUAUGGGAAGACGGAGAAAUAUAUUGAUUUAACAAAAACAAUCUCAAAGUUUUUACUUGUAAAUCGUCUAAUUGUUGGCAAUUAAGCAUUUGCUCGGUGCCGAGUAGCGACUUCCCUCCCACAUUCUGCAACUGCCACAACAACGACGUUUUCUCGCCGCAGGAAAACCAAGAUCCCGAAAAAAUCCGCGUCAUGUUGGACACAACCGGAUCUGGUUUUGGAUCUGGGUCAGCGGGUAAUUGAAAAAGUAGAUCGAUAGGAAAAAUUUCUCUACUUCUUAGGCCCCACGCAACUGACGGAGAAAACGAUAGCUCUGCAAAUCAAACUUCUUCGAAUAGUUGGAGCUGGACGUUUUGGAGAGGUUUAUUUUUCAAACUUGCACCUCGCUUUUUUCUAUAGUUCCAUAGGCAAAGUCGAAAAAAUCUUCAGAGAAAUGUUCCUUUUAGGGUGACAGAGGUUCCUUUUUUUGCAUCUUUUUGGGCCAUUUCAAGGGCUCUUAUGCACCAUUUUUGCUGCCUCUCCUCUUUCCAACAUUCUUUGAGCUUUUAAAAUUCUGGAAAGGAUGGAGGGCUUUUUUGCUGUCUUUUUGCGGCUUUUUUAAGCCUCUUCUUUUGGCGGCCAUUAUCCAAUAUUCCGACUUCGCCCUAGUGUAAACGCAUUUUUGAACACCUCCUUGGAAAACAAAAAUUUCUUUUUUUCAAGGUUCACAUCGGCAUUUGGAAAGGUGAAGAAGUGGCUGUGAAGAUUUUCAAGUCUUCCGAUGAAUAUUCUUGGGCGAGAGAAGUUGGCAUCUAUCAGGUUUAGAAAUAUAACCUUUUUCUUGACGAAAAUCUGGAUUCAGACGAAUAUGUUGCGGCAUCCUAACGUCUUGAGAUUCAUUGGUAGCGAUCGGCAUGGUAAUUUUCAAUUUUUACUCCUAAUAAAAAAAGUGUUUUUUUUUUCUCAGACGAAGGUCUGCAAACUCGACUUUGGUUGGUAACGGAAUAUCACAAUCUUGGAUCUCUGUACGAUUUCUUGAGCAAAAGGGUUGGUUUUUCUGUUUCGAAAAUAAUGGUUCAAGUUGAAUUUGAAGCCAAUCGAUUUGCGAACGGCGUUCAUCAUGCUGAGAUCAACGAUUAAUGGAUUGUCGUUCCUUCACACGGGCGUCGCUGGAAUGAGGGGUGAUUUGAUUUAUUAUCAUUUUAUUUUUUUGUAAGAAAAAGAUAUUUCAUAAAGGAUUAGCUGUUUACGGACUUUUUUUAUUAGUAAGGAAAAAUAAAUAUUAUAAAAAGUGCAUUUUUUUGGAAAUUUUAAUUUUUUUGUUCUAAAAAGUCUUCAAAAUGCGUAAAAUUCUCGAUUUUGGUCAGUUCAUAAGUUUCGACAAACAAAAUAUUGGCGGAGCAAAAAUAGGAGAUUUCGUGUUUAUUUUUUUUCAAUAAAUUUUAUGUCAACUUUUCAAACUUGACCUGAAAUUGAAAAAAGUUGAGUGCGAAAUAGUUUUCAUUGAUUUGAGAGCAUUUUUUGUAAAAAAAAAUAGUAAAAUUCAACAAAAAAUAGUGAUCUUUUGUAAAUUUUUGUUUGAACCAGAGUUUUCGAAAAAUAACUUCGCAACUGAUCAAAUUAGGAAGGAAUACGUAUUUCGAAACCUCGAUAAAGCCCAAAAAAACUUUUUGAAAUUUGAAAAACUUGAAAAAAGGGGCAAAAAAGCGACCGAACCGAUCGAAUUUUCCAGCAUGUCUUGUAAAAGAUUUAAUAUUUUAAUUCGUAAGAAAAUUUCAGUUUAUCCCGAAACGGUGAAGCCCGCAAUUGCACACCGUGACCUCAAGCUCAAAAAUAUAAUGGUGAGGUACGACCUGACGUGUGCAAUUGGAGACUUGGGUCUCGCUGUCACUUUUGAUCACAGUAGUGGCCGAAUCCAGGGACCUCCCAAUGAGAAGGGCGGCACUGUGGUGAGUAUCAAUCGGAAAUAGACGUUCAUUUCGAAGUGGAAUGUUCUUUUUCUAUUUGAGUCUCAGACUGUGUGAUAUCUCUCAAGAGCUUUUUUUUUCCUUUCUCCUUUUUUUAUGUUGAUUUUCCAGAUUUCAUACUUUAUUUGAUCUUUUUUCAACCAGUUUUCCUUUUUCUGAAUAACCCAUUCAACAAGGUCUUUAGGUCUUUUGAAGGAUUUUUUAAGUGAGUAAGUAAAGUUUUCAUUCGACGACCUAACACGGGAAGUCAUUUUACUUUUCGAGUUGGAUUUUUCUACAAGCUCGCUUAAAAUCUCUCUGAAUGGUUAGAUAUAGAGCCCUCAUAGUCGCUACCUGCGCAAAAUUCUAGUUUUUGAGAUAUCAAUUUUUAAAGUUCACGUUGAAAACAAAUUUAGAUCCCGCAAGGAGAUAAUUUGACUUUGCGGUUUGGAUUUCUCUACAAAUUUUCUUAAACAAGGUUUAUAUAAGGAUCCAUCAAAGUGCCAGCUUCCAGUUUUUGAGACGAUUAUCCUAAAAAUUAUAUUUCGCAUUUUCGAAAAAUGAACUCGCGACUCUGAGGGAUCUUCAUCUAGACAUUCGAAUAGUUUUUGAGCGAUUCUAAACGGCAAAGUAAAAUUAUCUCCCUUUGAGUAGAGAAAAGUAGAGAAAGAAGCGAAUUGUGAAGCUGACGAGGUCUUUCGUAUCGAAAUCUGAUAUUUUCAGCGUUACCUUGCGCCGGAAUUAUUGAGCAACACGGUUCAAAACAACAUUUUUGACACGUACUUGAUGGCCGACAUCUACGCGUUUUCUUUGGUCAUGUACGAGAUCUUGCAGAGAACUUGUCACAAUGAAGGUGAUUUUUUGUUUGUUUUAAAGAUGAUCUGGUUAUGUCGAUUGAUUGCAGUUCUGCCCGCUGAGCCGGAAAAGAUGAUCGCCUAUUAUGGAGUCGUUGGCAGAGACCCGACGCUGGACAUCAUGCGCGAAGUGGUUCACGUCAAAAGACUGAGACCCACGUUCCAUAAGCGCUGGUUGAAAGAGCCGGUGAGAGAGUUUUUUCGAGAUCUCGAAGAAUUGAGUCAGGAAAUCCUUUUCAACGAGAUGUUUUCGAAGCCUGAGAAAGAAAACAUUUGGAUGAUACGUUAUAGAGCAAGAAAGUGGGGGGUUCAGUUAGGAAGCCCUAUAUAUAUUGAUGCUGGUCACUUUUUUUGUUAGAGUAAAAGGAUUUGAAGGAGAAAAAGUCAAUGAACGUUAUUGGAAUGAAAAAAAUAUCAACCGAUGAUGAACUGAUCAAUCUUGACUUUUUUUUUAUUAAAACAGUGGAAUCUGAAAAAAAAAUUACUUGCUUUAAGGGCUUCGGGGUCAGAUUAUGCUCUCUCACUUGAAAACCUCAGCCAGAAGUUUUAGAAAAAAAAAAACUCUCCAUAUAGUUUUAAUGUCCAAAUUUCACUAUGAUUUGACAUUCAAACCAGCUGGAAAAUCUGCAUAAAGCGCAUCUCAAAAGUUUCCUAAAAAUUUUCAAACAAAUUACCUUCAAAAGUUUUGGAUAUGAAUUGCAAGACUUUUUCAUUGACCUUUUCAGGAGUUCCGCGCGAUCUACGAGCUUUGCUGCGCCUGCUGGGAGCCAAAUCCAACUGCCCGUCUUUCUGCCCUUCAGAUACGGACGAAAAUUGAGCGGGUGCAGUUCAAAAAGAUUCAUCGGGAUUGCGGCGUUUCCGCGGACAAGUGCGACUCAAAGAACGGCUGGUGUCAACACCUUCAAGCCGAGGAGUUGGACACCAUGCACAACUUGCAUUUGAAGCUGCUGCCGCCGGCGACGACCAAGGCGUUUGACGAAGACGCCAAGAACAUCGAGCCGACCGAUGAGGAGGUCGAAGUCGUCGUCAGGGACGUCCAGAAGAGACAGCACCUUACUCCCUUGUUGGCUAACUGA